UGUUAAUGUUAUGCAUCGGUUUCGGUUUACGUUACAUGACACUCAUCUCCAAGAGUUGACACACAGAAAGACAAGUGUGUGUCACCUGGAAAAUGGGGAAGAGACAGGUGGAAAAUUUAAGGUGGAACACUGUAGUUUACCACCUCUCUGGGGAAAAAGGGAACAGAACCAGCAAUUCUGAUGGAGAAAACAGAUGAUUCUGUUCAAGAAAAACAUGUUGAUUAUGAGACUACGAGUUGGAAAAAUAUAGUGAAGAAAAGCUGGAUUGAAUCAAAGAAGAUGUGGGAAAUAGCAGCACCUGCUAUGAUCACAGCAGUAACCCAUUUCUCUAUUGGAUUUGUCACUUGUGCAUUUGUUGGCCAUUUGGGAGAGCUGGAGCUUGCUGCUGUUUCAAUUGUUGAGAAUGUAAUUGAAACUUUUGCUGAUGGGAUUAUGCUAGGGAUGGGAAGUGCCCUGGAGACGCUGUGUGGGCAAGCUGUUGGUGCUGGACAACUCAACAUGCUUGGAAUCUAUAUGCAAAGAUCAUGGAUCAUUACUGGGGUCACUGCUCUGGUUUUAACGCCUUUUUAUGUUUUUGCUUCGCCAUUAUUACAAUUCCUUCAUCAAGACAAGGAUAUUUCGAAGCUUGCUGGAAAGUACUCGAUAUGGGUGAUUCCUCAGUUGUUUGCUUAUGCCAUAAAUUAUCCAAUACAGAAGUUUCUUCAAGCACAGAGCAGAGUGUGGAUUAUGACCAUCAUUUCCAUUGUAGCUCUUGCAUUUCAUGUGCUGUUGAAUUGGGUGCUUGUGACAAAAUUGAAUCAUGGGCUACUUGGUGCUGCCAUCGCAGGGAACAUCUCAUGGUGGCUUGUGGUUUUGGGUCAGAUGGUUUAUUUGGUCUGUGGCUGUUUCCCUGAGGCGAGGACUGGUUUCUCCUGGUUAGCUUUGAAGUCAUUAGCUAGUUUUCUAAAGCUCUCAAUUGCAUCAGCUGUAAUGUUAUGCUUGGAGGAAUGGUACUUUACAACAGUGAUUCUUAUGGUGGGAUGGUUGGACAAUCCAGAAAUUGCAGUGGAUGCCAUUUCCAUCUGCAUGAACCUGCAACUGUGGACUCUGACGAUUGCUCUAGGUUUCAAUGUAGCAAUAAGUGUACGAGUAUCGAAAGAGCUUGGAGCUGGACAUCCCAAAGCAGCAAAGUUCUCAAUGGUGGUGGCUGUUCUAACUUCAAUAAUAAUUGGAGUUAUAUUCACAGCUUUGGUUCUGGUAACAAAAGAUGACUACCCAAAGGUGUUCACUGGAAAACCAGUGGUCAUGAAGGAGGCUUCAAACCUGUGUUACUUUCUGGCAGCAACCAUUUUUCUCAACAGCAUCCAGCCUGUACUCCAUGGGGUGGCAGUGGGUGCAGGGUGGCAGUUCUUGGUGGCCUUGAUCAACAUUGGGUGUUACAUUGUGUGUUAUUACAUCAUCGGACUUCCUGUCGGUGCUGUGCUGGGAUACAAGUUAAAGCUCGGUGUUAAGGGCAUAUGGUUAGGGAUGCUGGCUGGUUGUCUGCUUCAGAUAAUCAUUCUGAUUUUCUCCUUCCUGCGAACUAACUGGCACAAAGAAGCUGUGAAAGCUGAAGAGCACAUCAGAAAUUGGGGUGGGUCUGAGGAAGCGCAGCAAAAUUCAUCAGAAAACAACGUGAAUGGUGAUGAAUUUGUUUUGGAAAGAACUCGAUAAAAUCAACACCAGGUUGCAGUUUAUAUGCUGCCAAUUAAUCAAUCGGCUGAGAAAUUAAUUUAUAUUAAAA